CGGCUGUGCCUCGGUCGGACACAGGGCUUGCGGUGCAUUCUGUGAGAGAGGAUCACUUCGUCCAGAGCUUAUCCGCUGAAGGUGAAAUUGACCUCAAAAUGGCAUCUUCCGAAGAAAUCCUGGUCAAGGAGCUCGACAAGCGGGCCUCGGGCCAAGCCUUUGAGGUCAUCCUGGCUGCUCCUGCCCCGGAUGCCAAGGCCGAAUUCCCCCUGACUCCCCCCAAGAAGAAGGAUGUGUCGCUGGAGGAAAUUCAGAGGAAACUGGACGCUGCAGAGGAGAGGCGCAAGAACCAUGAAGCUGAGGUUCUGAGGCACUUGGCUGAGAAGCGCGAGCACGAAAAGGAAGUGCUCCAGAAAGCUAUGGAGGAAAACAACAACUUCAGUAAGAUGGCAGAGGAGAAGCUCAAUCAGAAGAUGGAGGCCAACAAAGAGAACCGCACAGCACUAAUGGCGGCAAUGAAUGAGAAAUUCAAGGAGAAGGACAAGAAGUUGGAAGAGGUGCGAAAGAACAAGGAAACCAAAGAGGGCUCCGAGGACUGAGCGCUGAGAAAUGGGGGGGGGGAUUGUACAGGGUUUUUUACGUAUCCAAAGAUUGAUUUAUUUUUUGUUUGGCCAGUAUUUUUGUUGUGUUCACUACCCACCUUUUUGAAAUAAAUCCAAGUUCUACUCUGUGAAUUUUUUCCAAUUAUCCUGCUAUAAGUGUACUUGCGCUGGUUUUACAUGUGGAUCAUUUCCCCCACUUGUGAGUCUGUUCAAUUUGAUAUUAGCUUGUCGGUGCAGCUUCUGCCAUUUUGGAAAAUUAGCAUUGUACCUUUUUCUU